GUUUUUCUCCACUGAUCAAUCGAUUGUGCCAUUUUAGUGAUUAGAUUUUCGUUUUUGGUGAUGAAUAAUCCUCGUAGCUUGUAGUUUGGGAUUGGAGAGCGAAGCUAGAAGAUGGACGGCGACAGGUUGAUGAUGGCCGCGGGAGUGACCGCGGCCGUCGUCGUCGGUGCUUUCGUGUUUUGGGGCCCCUCUGGUUCUUCGAGAUUACGUCAACGAAGGGGUCAGAUCGCCGGAUUGCAUAACUUUGGGAAGACCUGCUUCCUGAACACGCUGCUGCAGGCGUUGGCGGCGUGUCCGCAGUUGAUUGCCUGGCUGCAGCUGCACAACGCCAAGGACAAGAAGAGCCUGGUCAGUUCGCUGCAGAAUGUGCUGGAGGUGGUCAACGGGACGCAUCCGACGCUGCGGGGCGAUCCGUUUUCGCCGGGGGCGGUCAUCCGGGCGUUGAAUUCACUCGGCUGGGUCAUUCCACCGGACGAGCACGAUACGCACGAGCUGUUGCACGUUUUGCUGAACUCGCUCGAGGAGGAGGUGGCCAAACCGAAGAAGAUCGGUUGCCUGUCGGACGCGCUCGGGGAGGACGAGCUGCAGGCCAUGAUGCCACCGGCGAGGCCUUCGAGCGCGAUGUUGUCCGAUUUCUGCAACGCCGAGUACGACGAGAGUACCAACUUGACGCGGUACGCGAGGUCCGAGGCGCACACGCCGGAUUCUCCGCACUCGACGUGCACCGAAACGGAAGAUUCGCUCGCGUUGAAUGACAACUCGCUGCUGGAUCUGGCGAUUGGGUCGCCACCGUCGAUUAUUUCGACCUUUUCCGGCCGACCGAGUCGACCCCGGUCCAUCAUGGCCACCGAAGCGACCGGUUCGCAACAGCAAAACGGAACUCUCAACAAACGCUCGUCCGGUUCGUGUCGAUCGCUGGAACGACUCACCCGUGGUCCGGGUCGCGUGUCCGUCUGGGGUGACCGCCAGCAGAUCCAGGUCCCGCACCCCUUCCGGGGUGGCCUCAGCAGCCAGCUGUGCUGCUCCGGCUGCGGCUACAAAUCCGUCGUCCGGUACGACAAAUUCGACAGCAUCACCUUGUCCCUCCCGGAGCUCAAAAACCCGGGCAUAUCCCUCGGCAACCUGCUGACCGAAUUCAUCCAGCCGGAAACCCUGAACGGCGUCCAGUGCGAGUCCUGCAACGAAACAACGUCCCACACCAAAACCCUGACCUUCAGCAAACUCCCGCCCUGCCUGUGCAUUCACAUCGCGCGGACAACGUGGCUCCCCACCGGGCACGCCUACAAACGGCAGGACUUUGUCCACUUCCCCGAGACGCUGUCGAUGGCUCCGUACAGCUUCGUGCAGCCCUCGCUGAACAGCGCCAUGUCGACGCCGUGGGGCAGCACCAUGUCGCUGUAUUCCGCCAGCCUGGGUGCGGCCGCGUACGAGGGAAUUGCCGGCGGCGGAACGGAACAGGCCACGCCCGUCGGUUCCGUCGGCAGUGCGUUCAACUUUGGCUCGUACACGUUCGGGGCGAUGUUCCCGAAGAAUCUGUACCGGCUGCUGGCAGUGAUUGUGCACUCGGGCGAGGCCAACAGCGGUCACUUCAUCACGUACCGGCGGGGCGCGCUGCGGAAUUCACACAAAUGGUAUUACACCUCGGACACGGUCGUCCGGGAGGUCACCAUCGAGGAGGCCCUGUCGGCGCCGGCGUACAUGCUGUUCUACGACCGGGGACCAUCUUCCUCCAAGUACGCACAAGCCGGCGGAGUUGGUGGACCAGGUCCCUCCGGAAUGGGACACUAGAAAACUCGUCCGGUGACUUCAACAACAGCAUAGUGAGAAUCAAAAAAGAGUUGAACUCGUACGGUAGAAAUUCACGUUUGCGAAACAUUUCCAAAGAGAGAGAUUGUUGUUAAGGAUUUGAACGCGAGAGCAUUUUUAAACGCAGAGACGAACUUUCCCAUCACCUCUUGUAAUUGUGAAACAGUGAAAAAAAAAAUUCAAAACAGGAAACUACAACGCGUAUCGUUGCAUGCUAGAAACAGAAAAUCUAUUUAAAACCUCAAACUUAACUGAACUAAUAAUGAUAUUUAUAAAACUACGCGUCGUCGUGUGCAUUUAUUUUAAGACUUGCGUUAGACAUACAAACUAAAGCACAACCACUAUUUUCUCGGAUCAACGAAGUAAAAUGUUAAACUAUGUUUUAGCCCUACGACAUUAAA